GAAGCGGUGCUUGUCAACAUCAAAACAACCGACACCUUCAUUGGAAAUUUAUGAGAUAAAUUUGUGAUCACAUCAUGUCAGAAGGAGAUACAAAAGUAGAGUCUACAGAGGACAGCAGCCCAGCCAAGGAAGAGGUUGUGAAGGCUGGACCGAGUGAAGAGGCUGGGGCUACUGCAGCUGGUGCAGAGGCAGCUCCAACAGAAAAUGGAACCAAGAACAAAGUGAGACACAAGAAGAAAGGAGGAAAGAAAGAGAAAUCAACGGACUCUCCCGUUAAUUCUGGACCUCCUGUAGGGGCGACAGGAGGGAGUUACAAAUGGGAAACACUUAAAAUGAUGAUGAAUCCAAGAGUGUUUGCCACUCCAGUGCUUCACAAUGGUGAACUUUACAUAAUAGGGGGUUGUGAUGAAAAAGGAGAACCUCUGGACUCGUGUGAACAUUACAAUGCUGCUAAGAGAAAAUGGAACACUCUAAAUAGUAUGCCAACAAAACGUGCUGCUCCAGCAUGUGGAGUAGUAAAGGACAAAAUCGUAGCCAUUGGAGGAGUAGGGAUCUCACAAGACCCAGUUGAUGCUGUAGAAGUAUAUUGUAUAUCGAGUAAAAAAUGGACUGUAAUGGAAUCACUAGUAAGACCUCUUCUAGGACUGUCACUGGUCGUCAAGGAUGACUUGGUGUAUGUGGUUGGUGGGAUGUCUGAUGAUAGUAACCCACGAUCCUCCCUUCUCAGCUAUGACGUGGAAGAAAACAAAUGGAGGGAUUAUCCCCAGAUGAAUGUUGAGAGAUAUGCUACAUUUUCAUUCCUCAUCAAUGGAAAGUUAUAUGUGAUAGGAGGACGUCAAGGAAAGUUACCAACUACAGCUCUUGAAUGCUACGAUUUCGAGCAGAAAAAGUGGGAACGUCUUGAUGAUAUUCCAUCGAAGCGGGUAUUUGCCAUGUAUACUGCUGCCGACAAAUACAUAUUCAGUAUCGGAGGACUCAAUCAGCCUGCCACUCUUGGCUUUUCACGUACCAUGGAAAUGUUCAACACAGAAACAAAAAAAUGGGAGGAAGCUCCUAACAUGAAGAUCGAACGAGGAGACUUCGCUGUGGGAGUGGUCGGCAACAGAGUUGUGUGUGCUGGUGGUUUAUGUAAUGCAGGAAAGCCACUGAACUCUGUGGAAGCCUUUGACUGGGGCAGUAAAGAAUGGAGUGAGGUCACGGAUCUGCCCUCAGCACACUGUUCAUGUGCUUACAUCAUGCUGAAUGGACGACUCCAUGUAGUGGGCGGGCUCACUCUGGGUGGGGCAGGCAAGAAAGUGGAGGCCCUCAGUUACCGGUGACCACUGUGCCCACCAUGACUAGAUCAGUUAUUACGUCCUAUGAAUAACCUACUUGUUUUACCCUCCCCAAAUUGUUGUGUGAUUUGCUUUUACGGAAAACAUUUUAAUUUCGUACCAGAAAAAAUGACUGACACAAAAAUUAGAUUAUGAGAGAGUACUUCUAUAUUUUAAAGGAAGGAUAUUAACCAUAAAUUAUGAUAUUAAUUGUGCUCCAUUUAUAAACUAUAUGAAAUAGGAAUCAUCAUGUGACACGAUAAAGCUUUAUGUAGUAAAUAUUUGUAGGAAUGAAUCCUGUAGAAAGAUACACCUGUGUGGUUACCAUUAAGUAGUCCCUAAAUCAAACACUUUGUAUGAAGUCGGUCAUUAAUCACAAAUCAAAGUUUUGUAUUGUUUUGACUUUUUAAAACUUAACAUACAUUGUAUUAUCUUAAUUAAUCCUCAGAUUGUACUCUGGUGUUUUUCCUGUGAUGUUACUAACUUGAUUACAAAUCAACCUAAUCAUUUCAUAACUUCAUGAAAAGCAUUAGAUUUGUACGCCUUCCUGAGAUGGAAAUACCAUAAAGGAUCCUUCACUUCAGCAAUCACAAGGUUGGUUACAGGGUUUUCAUUGACGGAAGUCUUCCUAUCAAACAACGUCUGAAUUACAUUGAUGAUUAUAUAAAUAAACCUUUGUAGAUA